CACACACUUGGUCGAUCGCAAACCAAUAGCUGAGCGAGGGGCGUAUCCAUCUCGGCCGAGAGCGGCACCACGCCACAGCCUAGCUCGUUCCUCACGACCGAUCGACGGCAUGUCUUCGGCUCCGCUGCUCAGCGCCGGCGCGCCGGGCCACGGCAGUGGUGUAAUCGCCGCCGAAGGCCAGGAGCGGCCCCCGCGCUCGUCGUGGCCCGGCCGCGCGGUGGACACCGAGGAGGCGUGGGCGCAGCUGCGAUUCGCGGCGCCGAUGAUCCUGACGAGCAUAUCCUACUACGGCAUCCCGCUGGUGUCCGUGAUGUUCUCCGGCCACCUCGGCGACGUCCAACUCGCCGGCGCCACGCUGGGCAACUCCUGGGCCACCGUCACGGGCUACGCCUUCGUCACCGGCCUGAGCGGCGGCCUGGAGACGCUGUGCGGGCAGGCCUACGGUGCCCGGCAGUACCGCAUGCUGGGCCUGUACCUGCAGUCUUCGCUGAUCAUGUCAGCGGCGGUGUCCGUGCUCAUCUCCGUGCUGUGGUGCUUCACGGAGCCACUGCUACUGUUCCUGCGCCAGGAUCCCGAGGUGUCCCGCGCGGCGGCGGAGUUCGUCCAGCCCCAGGUGCCCGGCCUGUUCGCGUUCGCCUUCCUGCAGUGCCUGCUGCGGUACCUGCAGAUGCAGUCCGUCGUGGUGCCGCUCGUCGUCUGCUCCGCGGCGCCGUUAGCGCUCCACGUGGCACUGGUGCAUCUGCUGGUGAACGUGAUCGGCAUGGGUCUCGCCGGCGCGUCCGCCGCCAUCUCGGCCACCUUCUGGGUGUCCUGCCUGAUGCUGCUCGUGUACGUGCUGCGAUCGGAGGUGUUCGGAGAGACGUGGAAGGGGUUCUCCACCGAAGCCUUCAGGUACGUGCUGCCCUCGGUGAAGCUCGCCGCGCCGUCCGCCGUCAUGGUCUGCUUGGAGAUUUGGGCGUUUGAGCUCCUGGUCCUGGUGGCCGGCUUGCUCCCCAAUUCCGCAGUGAGCACAUCGCUGAUCGCCAUGUGCUCUAGCACGGAGGCCAUCGCCUUCAUGAUCACGUACGGGUUCAGUGCCGCUGUGAGCACCAGAGUGUCGAAUGAGAUCGGGGCCGGGAACGUGGACAAGGCCAAGCACGCCGUGUCGGUGACCAUGAAGCUGUCGGUGCCCCUCUCCAUCUCCUUCGCCCUGCUGCUGGCGUUCGGCCACGACCUCUGGGCGAGCCUCUUCAGCGGGAGCUCCCGGAUCGUGUCGGAGUUCGCCGCCAUCACGCCGCUCAUGAUCAUCUCCAUGAUGCUCGACUCCACGCAGGGUGUUCUGUCGGGUGUGUCGAGGGGCUGCGGAUGGCAGCAUCUCGGCGCGAUGACCAACCUGGUGGCUUACUACUUCGUCGGCCUGCCGCUGGCCAUCCUCUUCGCCUUCAAGCUCAAGUUCUACACCAAGGGUUUGUGGGCGGGCCUGAUCUGCGGGCUGGCAUGCCAAGCAGCCUCGCUGCUGGUGAUCACCGUCCGCACCAAGUGGACAAAGAUCGCGGAGGCGACGCAGGAGGAGAAGGCCAACUACGUCGCUUAAUUAGUACGGACUACUAAGUCAAUUAUGCGUUCCCAAAAAAAUAAUUACGAAAAUAUUGUUGCUCUGAGACGAGGGGCGUCAUCAGAAAUCAGCAGCCAGGAAAGCAUCAUCGCCAAAAAAAAAAGAACAUUAAAGUAGGGCCAGUUCGGCGUUCUAUAGCACAAAACCUAUUUUGUUUACAGAAAAUUGCAAAAACCCACCUGCAACUUUCAGAUUAUCUAAAGUCACCCUACAACUUGUUUUUUAUCAGUGUACCCCCAAAUCUUAUAUGAUGUCAAAUACCAUCUAGCACUGUUUGACUGCA